UCAAUUCAAUCCAAUCAUGGAUCACGAUACCAAUAGAGUCGAGCCGAGUGAAUUACUCGAAGAUUGCUGGUUUUUCGGCAACUCGCUUCAUCGUAAAUCAAGAAUGUUCAGAAGCCUUUCAGAGCCUUGCACUUCCUCAGACUUCGCCAUAGACGAAAACUCGCCCGGGAAAUCUUACGAGGAGACUUACCGAUCGAUCGAGAAAUUAUCCAUCAACGAACGCAAAAUCGAGCGGCCGAGUUUGAUCAAGGCACCUUCAGUCCCAUCUACCCUGGAAAGAAAGGAUCAGAAAAGUGACCCUCAGAGGAGCAAAAGAUCAAACAAAAAUAGAAAAUCGUCGAGGGGUGGUCUGAACCGGGCCCCGUCCCUACCGAUUAGCCUCGAGCCUGAGGAGUUUCAAGAUGAGGAGGUUGAGUUCUCAAUGGGGAAAUUGAUCAGGCAAGCUUCUAUGAAGAACUCGGAUACUCUGCCUCCCAGGACACAUUCUACUAAUAAGAGUUUAACACCAAGUCCGAGCAUAACAAGGCAGAGAUCAAGAAGAGUACCUGAGCUGGAGAGCGGUAAAAUUGAGGGCUCCGAGGAGACAAUCAGGCCCCAACGUCUCAUUAAUCAGCUGAAAUCACAUAAAAGCUUAAUCGAUCUGGAGUACGAGGUGCAGGGGUUUAAGGAUUUGGGUUUCGAUUUCGACGACAAGGAGCUGAGCCCGAAGGUAAUAAGCAUGAUCCCGGCCUUGCAAGAGAAAAGGGAUAUUAUCAAAGAGGAUGAAGGGAAGAGCGCUAGGGCUCGAAGGCCGUAUCUAUCGGAGUCUUGGGGCGCACAGAGCUAUUCUGCGCCGCCGGUGCCGAGUUGGGGCGCACAGAGCUAUUCUCCGCCGCCGGUGCCGAGGUGGGGCGGGAAGCGGCCGGCGGAGGAUGUGAAGGCGCAGAUUAAGUUCUGGGCUAGGGCGGUGGCGUCUAACGUGCGCCAGGAGUGCUGAUGGUUAGCUGGCAGGGCCAGAGCACAUAGUAUUUCAUCGAAUUUAGGUACAGUUUGGUGAAGGAGAUUUGGAAUCGAGAUGGAAAUUAUUUUGGUUUUAAUGAUAUAUUUAAUUAUGUUCUACUAAUAAUAGCAUAAAU